AGCUCUUUCAGGAGCUCCUUCUAUGCGCCCUGCUGCUGCUGCAGCCUGGCCUCACCUGCCCCUCAUGCACCAAACCCUCUCUCCUCCCCGCCUGCUGCUUCACCCCCUCCCUGCCACACACGCCACUUGCCACUGCUAUGCCACCCUGCCUUCCACCUGCUGCCCUCCCUGCUGCUCCCUCACCACACCCACCCCCCUCUCUCCUUGUCACACCACUCGCGUGCCUGCUGCUGGCCUUGCCAGCUGCUCUCACUGAUGAUGCAGCACCACGUGAUCCCGCAACUACUGCUGCUGCUGAUGCUGCACGUGGGGCAGAACCGGCAUGUGUGCAGCUGCCUUUGCCACCCUUCACACUCGAGCUCACCGCCUUGCUACUGCAAAGAUAA